AUGCCCGAAAAUAGUGUACGCAAGAGAAACAAGCCGACAUUUGUUUGCACAAAUUGCAAGCGAAAGAAGAUCAAGUGUGACAGAAAGACACCAUGCUCGUCGUGUGUUAAAUUGAAUAUUGGGUACACUUGUGUUUAUGACACUAGAUGGACAACAGCAGGGAAAGACAACAAUCAUCACAAACAGCUGUCUCGGGGAGCAUCAUCCAAUUCCCUGGAUCAUCUCGAAGUGGCCCAGUUGAAAGCCAAAGUUGCCGAAUUGGAGAGUAUUAUAGCACAACAUAACAUGAAGGAAGAUGAAGGCGUAACAAAGCCCGAUGCCGAUUCGGAACCGGUUUACAAAGCCAGUGACACAAGCUACGCACGGGCUCAACCUAUCCCACCACCAGAAACACCAGUGACUCCCAAUCCAAUUGUGAAUCCAAAAGAUGCUCUCAAUUUUUAUACGGGGUAUACACCCCUUCACAUUAAAGGUAAUAUUCGAAGAGUCAACUUUGGACCAUUAUCAUGGAUUGCAUUGUUAAAACGGGAUCCUGCAUUAUCAUUAGCAUGGAAGGAUUUGAGCACAAAAGGUUAUUUUAGCACCAUCAAUUUGAGGCAAAUGCCAUUGACUCCUGAAAACAUUGUGAUUUUAAAUACUCAAAUGAGCACUUCAGAAGGUGUAUCACCAAAUAUGGACAAGUAUUUUAGGCGCAAGUUUUUGGAAAUCGAAGGCUACGAUGAGACAAUGCCUUACCAUUCAUUGGCUAGAAUCGGGGCCAAUAACGGCCAAUCCGGUGGUAACGAACAAAAGACAAACGGCAAUACUUCAAAUAAGCAAUCCGAUUUCAAAAUGUCAUUCACACUGAUUAGCCUUGCAAGGACAGUAUUUGAGGGGAAGAUUAACCCAGAAUUGCAGCUCAUUGAGAAAAUCAAAACAAUGUUGCCUUCGAAGAAAGUGUUUUGGAGUUUAAUUGACUUGUUUUUCAAGAAUGUAUACCCGUUCUAUCCAUUUAUUGAUGAAGACUCAUUCAAAAAGGAUUUACAAAAGAUAGUGGGUAAGGUAGACUACGAAGAUAAACCCUUUACCAAAGUCAAUAUUAGCAAAAAGUUGGACUUGGCGGUGGUUGCCCUUUGUUUUAUUUGUUUGAGGAUGACGUACUUGUCGCUAUAUUCUAACAAGGAUUCUACUAAUAGAAGUAUUGUUGAUUCACGGGAUAUGACGUUAACGAAAUUUCUUUUCCAAAAUCCCAUCAAUUCGUCUUGUAUUGAUGUCGCCAAUUCUUGUAUCCAAUGCUUUCAUUUCCGAAGAAAGUCCAACCUUAGUGUUUUCCAAGCAAUCUUGUACAUGAGGUUUUAUAGAAAUAUUGCACCCGAGGAGGGAGAUGGAAUCGACGGUGGUGACUCUCAGGUUGGCACAGCAUUGCUUGUUCAAAUGGCCAUAUCCUUGGGUCUAAAUCGCGAACCAGAUUUAUUGGAUGUUUGCAACGAUGAGAAAAUAAAUCACUUGGGUCGUAAGAUAUGGGCGGCGUUGAUUUCCGCCGAUUUUGUUUACUGUCUAUCCGUUGGCAACCCCACUAGUAUUCAUCCCCAGCAUUACGAUGUAUCAGAACCAUUUUUGACAUCCAAAAACAGCAACAUUCAGGACAUAGAGAUGGAGUCGGUAAUUACUCAAACAUUUGGAGUAGUCGAUUCGGAUAGGGAUCUAGUAAGGCGUUUACUCGGCUAUGUGUUGAAUAUAAGGCAUGGAGUUGAAAUGAACAAGGUUACCCAUAAGUUACACGUUACGGAGCAAAUAUGGCAAGCAAGAUUUAAUGUGAUGCAGAAUCAACAAUUGAAGGAUGAGAUCGACAAUUCCAAGCACACCAGACCUGAUAUAAGAAGGUUCUUGUACAUAGAAAAAGCAAGGAAGUUUUUGAUAAUGAAGAUACCAAUUACUUCUUUCUACUAUCACAUAUAUUUGCAUUACGAGAAAAUGAUGGAUACAGAAUUAUCAUUCUUUUACUUGCUGAAGAUAUUUUUGAUCAUCACAAAUGACCUAAUGCCAUAUAUUGAAGAUAUAAUCACUGGGUAUUUGAGCUCAGUGGGAUUAUUUUUGAACCCGUUGGUACAACUCGGGUUGCUCAAGUCAAAUGAGAUUGUGUUUUCCUGUUUAGUUCGUGUCAACUUCACCAUUCAUCAAUUAGAAACGUCUGAAAGCCAUUCUAAUAAAGUCAACGAAGAUCAACAAUAUCAUGACCAUUUCAACACAUUGAAAGAUAUGUCUCGAAACAUUACACAUACAAGUAAAUUGAUUACCCUAUUGCUCGAAAGAAUGGGACUGCGUUAUUAUUGUGCUUGGAGGAUCUCAAAAUCACAACUCACACUUUGCAACACGAUAUCAGGAAAGGAGUUUUAUGAAAAGCAUGGCCAGAAAUUGAAACGUAUCAAAGGUUUCCAAUUCACUUCAGCACAAUUAGAUAGAUUCAAUUUGUUAAUUGGGCAACUACGAGAGGCUGUUCAAAAAACUUUAACUUUUGAAGACGGUCAAAACACAUCGACACCUGAUGUGGUGAAAACAGACUUGGCUGAUAUUGAAAAAUCCUUGAGUGGGGCACAACUUAUAGUUCCGGAAGAAACCCCCGAUUCGCAAGUUAAUGCACUUGACAGGACAAACUUGAAUACACCCAAUUACACAAACGAUGAAACACUAGCUGAAUUGACUAGCUUUAAUAUCAACUAUAUUGAUCAUAUGUGGCUCCAACAUGCAGCAUUUCGCAAUGAUGCUAACCUGUCAUUGGAAAACAAUUUGAUUUCGAAUUUGGGAAAUAAUGACGAAUUGCGUAAUGCGUCAAAUAGCUCCGCUAGAGUGAGCCAGAACGGUUUCGGCGUCCCUGAUGCUAAUAGUUUAGCUGAAAACUCGGCGAUCCAAGGGAACUCAAAUAAUACUCAUCUGCAACAACCUCAAUCGCAGGCUCGCCCUGGUCUCCCACCACAUUCACAAAGUAAUGGAUUUAUUCCGUUUCCGUCAUUAUUUGAUAACAUGCAAGGCCAAGAAUGUCUUGAUUUUAUGCUCGAUGCUGGGUUAAAGUAUACGUAUGACUCAUUUUUGUAA